AUGGGCUCCUCCGAUCAAACUCUCCCUACCCUCCGUUGGGGUAUAAUAGGAACUGGCCUUAUCUCCUCCUGGUUCACCAAAGACAUAACCGCCCCCCGCAAGACCCCUCGUGCAACGCAUAUAAUCCAGGCAAUCGGAUCCUCUUCUCUCUCAAAAGGCAACGCCUUCGUCUCCCAGAAUUUGCCCACUCUCUCCCCAGCUCCAACUGUCUACCCGGAUUACCCUAGCGUCUACAAUGACCCCGCAGUCGACAUCAUAUAUAUCGGCACCCCGCACGGACUGCACAAACAAAAUUGCCUCGACGCAAUCGCUGCAGGGAAACAUGUUCUCUGCGAGAAAGCAUUCACCCUCAACGCCGCCGAAGCCCGUGAAGUCCUCGCGGCCGCAGCCGAGAAGAACGUUUUCAUCAUGGAAGCCAUGUGGCUGCGCUUCCGCCCGCUCGUUUCCUCACUGCGCAAGGUCCUAUACGAGGAGAAAGCUAUCGGGGACGUCCGCCGCGUCUUCUGCGACUUUGGUCUUGACAUGAACAUUUCCUCUCUCCCUGAAUCUUCAAGAUUAAAGAAACUCUCGAUGGGCGCGGGUAGCUUACUCGACAUGGGCAUCUACUCGCUAACAUGGGGGAUCCUCACUCUCGAGUCGCCAGAGUCAACCUCAACCGAGAAGCCCCAAAUCACCGCAACACAAACUCUCCGUGACGGAGUCGACAUCGCCUCGUCAUUCGUCCUGAGAUAUCCAGCCACGGGCCGACAGGGGAUCCUAACAUCAACACUCGAGGCCCGGACACCCAGAACAUUCCUCCGACUUGAGGGGACGGAGGGAUAUAUCCUUGUGGAGGGUCCCGCCGCCUCAUCCCCGGCCUCGUUCUCCGUCUAUCCCAAGGUGAACCCCGCCGCUGAGAAGGAGGGGAGCAAGGUGGAAGGGAAGAAGUAUGAUUUCGAGGUUGAGGGGAUGGGGUUCUACUUCGAGGCUGAUGCUGUUGCGGAGAGUAUUGCGAGGGGCGAGAGGGAGAAUGCUGUUAUGUCGCAUGGCGAGACGGUGCGGGUGAUGGAGAUUCUGGAUGAGAUUAGGAGGCAAGGGGGUGCGAGGUUCCCGCAGGAGGAGCAGGGAAAGGGUCUAUCCUCAAUUUGA